UAACCGGAAAAAAAAAAAAUUAACGAUUUUUCGCAGCGAAACUUUUCCACAAUCAACGGAUACAGAGAGAGAGAUAGAGAAAGAUCUGCGAAUCGUUUAAUCGAAUUUAGGGUUUUUCCUAAAUCAUCUUGUAAUUUCGUUUCGGUGUCUCACUGUAAACAGUAAAGGAAUCACCUUUGGGGUUUUUUUUGCAUUUCAUUCAAUUAGGUACGUAAAGCUUGAAUCUUUUUGGUUCAUUUCGUGGAUUUUGAUUUAAUUGUUUUUUUGGUUUAUUGAAUUCUCCUUCUGGUUCCCUGCUGGAAUGAUGGUUUCUGUUAUUGAGAUUUGAUCCCUCCCAUGUGAGAAUUUGGAGAAUGAGAAGUUAGUAGAGGGGUUUGAGGAUUUUGUGUAACGUUAUGGAUUUGGAGAGUGAAAGCUCUGGUCUUGAGUCUGUUGAAGAUAAUAAUGGUUUGAUUGGUGAAGUUGAGACUAUUGGGGAUAAUAAACUAGUCUCUUCUUCUACUACUGACCUUGAUGAACAGUUGAUUUCACGGGCUGAGACUUCUCCUCUUGUUUUAAAGGGGUUUGGUUUAAGAAAAUGGAAGAGGAGGGUAAGGAGUGAUCUUGUUAAGGAUACUUCUGUUAGUUUUGAGAACAGUAAAGCUCUGAAGAGGGUUUUGUCAGGAGCAAUCGACCCGAAUGCCAAACAUAUGCAUUUUCCUGGACCUGAUGAUGGACAAGAUAGUCUUGGUUCGGUUGGUUCGGUGGAUAGUGUGGUUGGUUUUCAUAUAGCUGGGUCUAGUCAUGGCAUUGGUCUUGCUUUUGCAGCUGGUUUUGAUUCUGAUAACAGUGAGGAUCGGAGUAGUAAGUCCUCCACUACAGGGAUUAACUUCUCUAGAGCAAAAUAUCUGGGUGGGAAGAGUGUGGUUAGCUCGGGUGAUAGUGGUCAACAGAGGAAGAGUAGUGUAGAGACGGGUAAGAAACUUAGAGGAGAAAGGAUCAAAAUUGAGAAGGAAAACCUUCAUUCCAGUAUGGAAUCUGCUGACUCAAGAAGCUCCAACUUUGUGUUUAUGCAGGGUGCUUCGUUUAGUUUGAGUAGCAGCGAACAGGGCGGAAGAAUAAUAAUGGAUUACAAUGAAGAUAGUAGUGAUCAUGACGCACAUACUUCGAAGGGAAAAGAUAACGUGGGAGUUGAAGAAGAAGAAGAAGAAACAGAAGUUUGUUCACAAGGAGACUCUGUUGAUGAGUCCCAUAUCAAGAACAAUGGUUCAUCAGACAACUUGGAUCCAUUAAAAGAGGCUUUCAACAGUUUUCACGCUUUACAAGAAGCUCUCCAAAAAGAACUUCUUAAAUUCAAAGAGCUUGGGAAAGAAUGUAUGUCAUCACUACAUGAUGGAGGAGAAAGCAACAGUUGCAUACACGUGGGACAUGAACAAGCUAACGAAGCAAGUUCUUCUCGCCGGUUUGGUUCUAACAAUAUGGGGGAACAGGGAUCAACUUCUCUAGAUUCUGAGAUACUGAACCUGGUGAACAAUGUAGAGCAUCUGGAGAUCAAACUAGAAGAAGCAAAAUGUAUUCUCGAGGGUAAAGAAACACAAAUCCGUGACCUCGAAUCCACCAUAAGUGUUUCAGAGUCACUUAAUGGAGGAACAGAGAUCGUGAUCGAAGAAAUUUUCCAGCAAAAGAUGAAGGCAGAGAUUGAAUAUAUCAUAUUCUCAAGAUCAGUGGCAAACCUAAACAGAGAGAUCAAACUGAUUGAAGAUGAGAAGACAUUGGCUGAGAAGAGAUUUGGUCAUAAGAUGCUGUCAAAGCUUGAAAAAGUCGAAAGAAAAGCUGAGAAUCUACAUAAUCAAGCUCAAGAUUUACAAAACCAUUGCGUAGAGAUCACAGAGAUUCAAGAAGUGAAGUGUUGGAAGAAGAGAGCAUUCAAGACCACUUCAUGUCUUUUUCUACAGUUAGGCUUGCUGUUUACGCUGUUUACUUUCCAGUUAAUGCCAGAGUCGGAGACUGUUGUUGUGCCAACAUGAGAGUUUUGUUUGAUGGAAUCUCUUUUGAGUGACUUUUAUUUAAUUACGCUCCAAUAGACCAACUCCUCUUUGCUUCUACUACGUUUUAUUGUGUGCUGCAAUGUCAUGACGUUAGUGUGCGUAAUGUAUACUAUAUUGUUGCCUCUU